UCCAUUGAAGAUCGUUCGAUCCCUGUACCAUCCCACUAGGGUCAGCUGAUUCAUAAGCUAGCCCAAUUUUAUCGCGAUAUGUUUUAUUUGUCGUACCACCGUACAACCGUGUUGAUAAGCCAUGGUUUUCGUAAAGAUAGUCCAUAAAUGAGUUGGUUACAGAGUCAGCUGGUUAAACGUUAUUGGUAUACAAUAACAUAAGCCAAAGACAGUGUCAACUUUAGAAGGGUUACACUAAGCUGUGGUAUAUAUAUAUGUGUGAAUUCCAUCCUGAUGCUGAAGUAAUACAAUAACUUUCAAGAGAUUAUUUUUCGUAAUUCCACUUCGAUCCUUGAAUUAUUUAAGUUUUGUGAAAAAAUUGUGCAAUAGGACAUAGUAAUCAUGGCAGUCACAUUAAAGAGUUCCCGUGGACUUGUUAUGCGUUCGGUAGUACUGUUUGCAACAGGAGUUUUCUUAGCAACAGUUCUUAAUGUCAUGGCCUUCCAGAGGAGAGUAACAAUACUAUCACCUGAAGUAAUAGCAACCCUCUUUGCUCAGAAUUGGUGGGUUCCAGAAUGGUGGGUUCCGGCAUUAUGUGGAUUAGCAGCAGUUUGUGUUGGCAUUCUUUGCCCAUGUUUGGAUCUACGGCUGGGUGAACCAAAACAUUUCAAGAAGGAGUGGUCUAGUGUUAUGAGGUGUGUGGCUGUCUUCGUUGGAAUCAAUCAUGCAUGUGCCAAAAUUGAUUUUGGAAACAACUUGCAAUUUUCAAUGACGAUAGCGGCCAUGUCUGUUGGGAUGUGGUGGUUAUUUGACCGAUCAAGAAGUGGACUUGGGCUUGGUCUAGGUGUUGCUGUAUUUGUCUCACUCUUCACACAACUCAUCGUCUAUGCAGACGUAAAUAGGCCAUUACAUAAAGAAAUUAUGUACUCGCGUUCAUGGCUUCCAUGCAUGUUCUUCUCUGGAGGUGUCACCGUUGGAAACAUAGGUAGACAGCUUGUAGUGUAUGAAGAGCAAUGGAAAAAGAAGCACAUGGAUUAAAUUUGAUAAAAUCAUCUUUACAUUUUACCCACUCUGUUGCCAUUUACCAUGACCUUUGCUUGGGAAAAAAUGAACUCCUUAUCCCGAAGAUAUAUUGGAGAUAUUUUAUAGCAGUAUUUAAUACAAAAGGUCAAACCUUCUUCUGAUCAUCUGCAAGAGAGUAGAAGAACUCUUCAAACAUCUACUUUAGGUCUCUUUGGCCAGAACUGGACUCUGGAUAUGAAGAAGUACAAUAUUCAUUUUCUAUUACGGUCUCCUGUACUUGUACUUUUUAAAGAUAACAAGAAAAUGAGAACAAUUCUGAAAUGGAGAGAACAACAGUGACAUGUUUUUGCUGUAUUUUAUUGUUCUUUAUCUUGGUCUGGUAGGAAUAUCAAUUUGUAAUUAAUUAUUUCUUGAUCAUUACCAUUAGCAUUAUAAAUAGCCACAUAAGGAGAGAUGUGAAGAUUUUAAUUUCUAACAUUGCCACCACUAGGCCUAUUUGUGUUUUAUGUGGAUUGAUCACUUAAAAAAUAUUGGUUUCUUGUCCAAACUUCUUGAAAAGAGUGAUGGAGCAGGCCUUAUUUGGUUCAAGCUCUCUCAGUUUAACACAUUGUCUGUCACUGGCCAAGAUGUAAGGGAGUCACUUUAAAGAACAUCAGUUGCCAUUAACUGGUAUUAAACAAACUUGUUUUUUUAAAUUGGGUUUUCCUUAAACUGCCAGGCGAGAGUCUAGUGUUCCAGCUGUCAGUGUCAAACUUGAGUUUAACAUAAAGAAGAAAAGUACUGGUACAAGCAUUUAUAAUGCACAUUUUCCUUGAGGUUAUGAAGCGCGCAAGUGCUACAUUUAUAUGUGAACUCUCGUCUUGGCGCCCUAAGCAACACCUUCUUUAAGGCAUGACCUCUCGUCUCUGGCAGCUAACAUGUCAAGGUUGUUUUUCCAGAGAGAGGAAAAGGAACAUUACUACUAUUAUUAGUAAUGUGCUAUUCCUGUGAAAGAUUAACAAAUAUAUCAAGACUGCUGAAAAAGCAGUUGUUGAGGACAAGAAACUAGUUAAUUUUAUUUGCUUCACCAUAACCAUGACAUGAUGCACUACUAAAUUGUUUUCAAUUCAAAAUGUAUGGGUCUUUGGGAAGGUUCUUUUGAAACAUGAUUAGUUAACAAAAUAUGUGAAACGUACAUUAUAGUUACUACUGUUGGUGAUUUAAGUUGGGCAGGGCUGAGAGUUGCAGUACUACCAUGCAUUUUUGUGAAUUUCAAGAGAAUUCCUUUUCACUACUACUUAACAGACUAGUAAUGAAUUGGUAAAACUAAUCUAGGUCUUUUUUUAACUUAACACCUAUACAGUAAUAUUUAUUUUUCUAGGUCAACAUAAUUUAACGUAUUGGGAUUGAAUGAUUUUCCUUAGUACAUAAUGGUAAAUUUGCCAUGUUGUUUAGGGAAUUUUUUGUUAGAGAAUGCGUGAUUGUAUAUAAAAAAAAAUUAUAUAUAAGAAAAUACAUAGGUGAUUUUUUUGACAUUCUAAUUUUUUUAACUAGAUAACAGAGAAAUCAAACAGGGUAAUGAGUGUUUUUGUAUUUAUUUCAAUUUUAUUGUUCAAUCUUUUUUAAUUGAGUGUAACCAUGGAUGAGUAUUGGUAGCAAUUGGUUAAAGUUAUUGAUUCUAAAUAUUUUGUUUAUGUGGUAUUGGUCUGAAUAAAAAUACUGUUUAAGCUAUAAUAUGUAUGUACCCAUGGUGAUAAAAUUAACAAAUUGACCAUAGGACAGUCACUGACAAGUAAGGGAGAGUGGACAUGUUUUAAUAGAAAUUUUACUAGCAAAAUUAUUGUAUCUAUUUAAUAUAUCUUUACUCACUUUCGAUGUAUUUGUGUGUUAUGAUUAAAAACUUGCUUUACAUUUGUGAUCCUUUGCAUGCCAAUUAAUUAUAUCGACAGAUUUUUUUCUGCUGAUUAAACAGCAUUUGUAGUCAAACAAAAACAAAAUUUCUAAUAAGCAUGCAUGUCCACUAAUAGCCAAGAGUCUUAAAUAAAACUGGCACUUCUAGGGUGUGUGUGCUUGUUGAAAAUGAGAGGGUGGGGAGGUGGGUGGGAGACUUGCAUUUUAGCAGUGCUUGAAUUGUACCUUUUGCAGCAUUUUUAUACAGCGACCUACCAUUUUUGUCUUGGUUUUUUUUUUUUUUUCUAGUUUUGCAUCAUGUAGGCAUGUGAAAAAGUAUUGAUACUACAGCAGCAAUUUGUUAACAUUUGCUUUUACUGUGAUAGUCAUUUUUUCCAACAUUAAGUUAUAUUUAUAGUCCUUUUUUUUUUUGUUGAGCUUGUUAAAAUCGUCCUUUUAUACAUAAUAAAAAAUACUAAUAAGGGUAUUGACGAAAGUCUUGCACUAGGUAUGAAUAAGCAUUUGAUAGCCCUUGCGUCUGGAAUGUAAGCAUGAUCUUAAAAAGCAUCAUUCAAAAUGAUUUAUAAUUGCAUUUUAAGAUGAGGAAUAGAAGAGAAAUUCAGCUCGUUUUGAGCUGCUGCAGAUAUUUCCAAAGUUACUAACCAAUCAGAUUGUCUCGCAUUCUUGUACUAUAGAACCACCAUCCAUGAUUUUUUUGAAUAAAAAUGUGCAAUGUACAGAUGAAUUAAAUAAAUCUUGUAUGUAUAA